CUCCAUCUUAUCCACAUCCAUCUCUCUCUGCGCAUACACGCCUAUACUGCACCAAUCCAGUCCACUGUGCCUCAUUCCAGCCACAGGCCUACUUUAUCGCAGUGCUCGUUUGCAGCGCAUGUACCCUUGUUCUCCACGCCAGCCUAUAUCCUGUCCCACGGUCCCCAUCCAGUUUGUCCUGCGACAAAGAAACCCAAGCCAGUAGAGUCCCAACUUCUUCCGUUCUUGGGCUGCGACAAAGUAUCCUCCAAGGUUCUCUUUGUUCGCCGGUCGACUCGACAGCUGUUGAAACCCAAUUGACCUGUUCCCCGACCGCCUUCACCCUGGUUCCGAAAGCCUAGCUUCAGCCUGUUUGCUGGGUACUGAAACCUCCAUCUCUUGUCCGGAAGACCUCACAUGCAAACUGCCUAAUCUACAAUGGGUCGGAGAAAGAUUGAAAUCAGAGCCAUAAAAGAUGAUCGCAAUCGCUCAGUGACAUUUCUGAAGCGAAAAGGCGGCCUCUUCAAAAAAGCCUACGAACUCUCUGUGCUAUGUUCGGUUGAUGUGGCGGUCAUCAUCUUUGGCCAUAACAAAAAACUGUACGAGUUUUCCUCGGGAGACAUCAAUGAGACACUGCGGAGGUAUCAAUUUUACGGCCAACCUCAUGAACACAAGGGCCCCAUUGACUUCAAGAACAAGGGCGGUGACGAUGACGAGGACGAGGACGACGAUGAGGAACAUGCGGCUCAAAACAGAGAAGAAUCUCUGCCUCCUCAACAUGCCAUGCCACACAUGCAGCAUCCCAACUCCUUCACUCACAUCCAACAGCCCAUGAACUCCGUCUCACCACCCAUGCCCAACGGCAUGUUCCAGCCUCGACACGGUACUCCUCAGCCUCCUCAUAUGAUUUCGAGACCUCCUUCGCAGAACAUGGUGCGCCGAACAAGUUCCAACCUCGUGCCCAUACAGCAUCCUCAUCCUACACCUCCUCCGCCCCAGAAUGGGUUCGCCUAUGUGCCGAACCCGCCUAUCUAUAAUCCUAAUGCCGCUCCAGCCAUGCCACCUCAUCCCUCUCCUCAGCCUCAAUACCAAUAUCCGCAACAACAGUCGCAGCAGCAGCAUCCACCACCACAACCUACACCCCCUCCCCCACAAUCACACCAGCAAAUGCAACAAGCGCAUCAACAAUAUCUACAUGAGCAAACACGGCAAUCGCAAACGCCUCAACCUAGCCUCAAGCCUCCACCUCAGCCGCAACCACGUGCAUCACCUCAACCCGAAUCACAAAAUCUCAGACCCCCCGAACAAGCUAGCCCUCCACAACCGAAACAUCUAUCGUCCAAGUCAAGGAGUAUUUUCACUCCAAUCGACGAAGGCGGGUCGGUAUUGGCUCAGCACUUCUUUGGCGCUCCAGACCCUAAGCCGAUGAAGAAGGAAGAGCCGCAAGAUAUGAGAAUUCCACCACGGAGCACCACUGCUCCUGCUGUACCUCGAGCUACAAGUCAGCCUGUCAGGCCGCAGACAGCUGUCCCGGAAUUUGCUCCACCGCAACGUUCAGACACAUCAGGGUCAAGGUCAGGCGCAAGACCCAAGUUGAAUUUACAAAUCCCCUCCGAAGCAGAAGAUAAUGAUUCAGCAAGCGGGUCUCCCGCACAAUCCACAGACCCGUCAGCAAACCCAGCUAGAAGCGGCGACCACAUUGUCCUGCCUCCACCAUCACCCAGCGCAUCGGCCGUAAUGUCAGCGGGCGCCAGUGGGCCGCCAAACCCAUUCGCUCGACCACCCCCACCGACAUCCAACCAGAAUCGCGAGGCGUACAAUGAUAACCGGAAUAAUAUCGAGACGCCCAUAUCAGCCCUGCCGAGUCGAUACAUGAACAACGAUCUCUUACCCAGUCCGAGCAAUUUUUUCAGCGAAUGGUAUGACUCGGGACGGAAUGGUGGACUUAAUUCAGCGGUCCUGCCGAGUCCCUUGGUGUUCCCCACGCCGUCGGACACGCGAGGUUUGGGGUUUGGAAGUCGCGAUGCUGUCAGCGAAGCGGCUGCGAAUGGUGAGAAAAGGAAGUCGAGCAUGGAUAUGGCAGAGAAAGAGGGGGAUGUCAAGAAAGUCAAGACUUGAUUUGGGAUGCCAGGCAGUGGAGGAAAAGUUUUUCGCAUCUAAUUGACAACGGUGGUUUUCAUCCCAAGCCAUCUUAUUUUUUUCUAACGACCCGUUACGACCUUGAACUAUUUGGAAGAUGGGUUGGUUCGAUUACGAUGGUGUUGUGUGGAAUAUUUCAUCUCUCUCGCUUCUGGAAUAUUGACUGCAUAGCGAAUGGAGUAUAGUGCGUUGAGUGGGAAGGGCACAUGCAUUGCUUGAGUGAAUUACCGUUGGUUGAUGCUGAUCUGUAAGGAGGGAUGGUGCGCGUCACCGGCUUGUAGCAAGGGGCCUUUUGGGUGGUGGAGGAGUGUUCCAUGAGAGGUCUGAGGAGUCGAGUUUCGACGAGGAGGAGGAGACAUACCUACCUAGGUAGUGUUGACCUCGAGUAUGGAUGCUGGAUUCAGAAAGUACUUCUUUGUUUUUUGCUGGCCAAGUCAGACUCAGUCGCUUGUUCCCGACUCAGCUACUAGUAUCUAGGCGACUGCAGUGUGCACAAUGGUGAGAAGAGAAGAAGCCAUUUCUACUUUUGCGCCAAUUUUUCAAAUCACUACUACUAG